AUGUUUCGACCUGAGUAUUGGCCCGACGACCCCAUGGGCGGUGUACGUGGUUCUGCGACCCGCCGCUUCGAUGAAUACUAUCGCUGUUAUCCAGUUGCUAUGCUUCCUGGCCCCGAGCGAGAAAAUGUGAAUCAUGGUGGAAAGGUCAUUAUGCCGCCAAGUGCAUUGGACAAGCUUACCCGUCUCCAUAUAACGUAUCCAAUGCUCUUCGAGCUACAUAAUGGAGCGAAGGAAAGAAUGACCCAUGCAGGUGUUCUUGAGUUUAUUGCUGAGGAAGGCAAGAUCUAUCUUCCGUUCUGGACCAUGCAAACUCUACUGCUAGAACCUGGCGAUCUUCUCCAGAUCAAGUCAACUGAUCUCCCUUCCGGUCAAUUUAUAAAGCUUCAAGCUCAGUCUACUUCGUUCCUUGACAUUAGUGACCCGAAAGCCGUCCUCGAGAAUGCAUUCCGAAACUUCUCCUGUCUUAGCAAAGGCGAUGUCUUUACUUUUGCUUAUAACGACCAAGUCUACGAGAUGGCUGUUCUAGAGACCAAGCCAGCCGGAUCCAAGAAUGCGAUUUCUGUAUUGGAGACUGAUCUUGAAGUCGAUUUUGCCGCUCCAGUUGGAUACGAGGAGCCCAAGCAGCCCAGUGGUACUAGCACACCUGGUAGCGUCAUCAGUGGGAAGCUUCCUGCUGGAGGUCUGUUGCAUCAUCAAGGCACUAUGGCACAGGCGAUUAACUACACAGCUAUCGCGCCCGAAUCGACCGAUGCAGCUAACGGAGCCCGGGCUGUGUCUUCCAACUUCUUGGCAGGAGGUCAACGGCUCAAUGCUAGGAAGGGUAGCAAGGCACCGACUCCAAAGCCCAGCACUCCAACCCCCGGAACAACAAACCCCCAGCAUCUUCCACCCACCCGUAGGACCAAUGGCCCGCAGCCUCUCAGACUACCUCCAAAUCAACUGUUUUUCGGAUACGCCGUUACGCCCGCCAAGCCGCGUGACGAGAAUGGACAGGUUAUUCGAGAGGACCAACCUACAUUCCAGGGCAUUGGUCAAACGCUGCGAGGUAAAAAAGUCGAUUUGAAAGACUCGGCAACUCCCACUUCCGGGAGUGAAACCGAUCAGAAGAACAAGGACAAAAAUAAGAAACUGGGGCGGACUCUAGGCAAACGCUGA